AUGCAUCCUUCACAUCUCACCAGCAUCCCAAUGGCUCCUGUCGCCCUCUCUCCUCCCCACAAAUCCACCUCUACUAAUGGAAUCCACAAGCCAUCUCUGCCAUGGCGUCCUACAGAGGUGGUCGACCCUCCAAAACGCUCGUCUUUCGCUUUCGACUCCAUGGACUCGGCCCUAGCCGCUUUCGCUGCAGGUGAAUUCCUGGUGGUCAUGGACGACGAAAACCGCGAGAACGAGGGCGAUCUCAUCAUAUCUGCUGCCCAGUGCACUACAGAGAAGAUGGCCUGGAUGAUCAAACAUACAAGUGGUUACAUCUGUAUAGCUCUGCCUGGAGAGCGCCUCGAGGCCCUGGAUAUCCCAAUGAUGGUCCCCGACAACCAGGACAGACAUCGGACAGCCUACACAGUCACUGUCGACUAUAAGCAUGGUACUACCACCGGCAUCUCCGCUCAUGACCGCAGCCUGACUGCCCGCGCACUUGCCUCUCCAUCUUCGCUUCCCAGUGACUUCAGCCGACCAGGCCACAUGGUACCACUACGGGCUCGAGAAGGCGGCGUUCUGACACGCAAAGGACACACGGAAAGCAGCGUGGAUCUUUGCCUUCUAACAGGUCAACCACCUGCAGGUGUUCUCUGUGAACUCGUGAACGAUGAUGCGCAAGGAACGAUGGCUAGGCGCGACGACUGCCGUGCUUUUGCUGAUCGGUGGGGCCUCAAAAUGAUCAGUGUCGAAAUGUUGGCCCAGUAUAAAAGACUGCAUCCACCAUCAAGUGGACAGGCAUAA